AAGCAAACACACAUUUCCUACCAAGAGGCUUGCAACGAGCCGGGUCUCACGUUCGACGCUACUGUAGUCAUUUCGUGACAUCUCAUCAGUUUAGCACGAUACAUCACUUCAGUAAUUCCUACAGUGGGUUGGUGAUCAUACGCCAUGUCUGCAAACUAAGAGGAAACAAGAAAUACUACCAUUGCUUCACCAAACCCACCAGAAAACACCAGCUAUGAAAAUGCUAAGAAUGAGAAGAGGAAGGGGUACAUAGGUUGGGAGGAAUACUUCAUGGCCGUCGCUAAGCUCUCUUCACUGAGAAGCAAAGACCCCAAUACACAGGUCGGAGCUUGUAUUGUGAACAAAGAUAAGAGGAUCGUCGGUACCGGUUACAACGGAAUGCCCAAUAACUGCGGUGAUGACGAACUACCGUGGGGCAAGGAAGAAGGUUGGGACAAGAAUAAGAAACUUUAUGUCUGCCACGCUGAGCUGAACGCCAUACUGAACAGGUUCUCUGCUGACUUGAAAGACUGCAAGAUCUUCGUGACUCUGUUCCCAUGUAACCACUGCACCCAGAUGAUCAUUCAGUCUGGAAUCCAUAAGGUUGUCUACUUGUCAGAUGAGAAAAAGGAAAAGGACGAGGUGAAAGCAUCAAAGAGACUUCUGGGCAUGGCUGGUGUCAAAUACAGACCAUAUCGAGGAAAGAGGGACCCAAUCGAGAUACAGUUGCCUCCAGGUCCUACUGAUGAUGGUGGAAAGAUGGACCCAAUCCUGCUAUAGUUUGCUGUAUGUAAUACUGAUGUUCGUGGAAAGAUGGACCCAAUCAAGUUUCAUUGUCCGCCAGGCUCCACUGAUGUUCGUGGAAAGAUGGAACCAAUCAAGGAACAGUUGCCUCCAGGUCCCACUGAUUGUCAGAGAUGGAAUGGUUACCUGAACUCAAAUCUCAUCAAUAAGUGUUUCUUUCAUCUGGUUAAUGAGGGGAACAUGUUUACAUAACACUGAUUUCCAAAUCAACAAUACAUAGUUUAACGAUUGAUUUGUAGUUCGAGAUUUAUGAUAAGCAAAGUAUUUUGGAAUGAAUUUGUAUGUGAACUGCUGUCUUAGAUUCAUGGGCCACUCACUGUUCAAAUUCUUCAAGUUUGUAAAAGAUGACGUUUUCUAAUGUAACCAGACACAAACGUAACACCUCUUGCUUCUUCGUGCACAGAUUUUACUGAUUUCUAGCAUCCAUCCUCCCAAUAUACUUUGGGUGGAGGUUGUUUUAUCUAUACGCUUUUACUUAUACUUUUACUUAUACUUUUACUUAUACUUUUACUUAUACUUUUACUAUCUUAGC